GAAAAAAUAUUUUUACACCAGGAAAAUCACCACUGAAAGCGGACAAGCAUAAUAGAUUACAAGAUCAACAUUGCUACACACCAUUGGUUAUUACAAACAGCGAUCGGUUAUGUUAGUGAAUUUUGCCUAUUCAAGCAGAUGAAAUCAACGAUCGAUUAAGGAAAAGAUGAAAUCAUCAGAUGAAAUUGGCACUUGCAUUCAGCAUGGGCGUUGGUUGGUCGUUGGCAUUUGCAUGGACACUUGCAUUGGCGUUUGCAUUGGCGUUUGCAUUGGCGUUAUUGAGCAACCGCUGAUACUUCAAACUGAAGCCAGAAAAGUGGUGCUGCCAUGGUGGGGGCGUUAUAUGCAAGUAGGACCCUACCCACCGAUUGCCCCGAUUGCACAACAAGUAGACAUUGUUAGAGCGCCCGGGUGUACUGGUGUCCUGGGGAGAGUAACAAACCGCGAGGACCGGCGUCGGUAAAUUCUGCUCGCAAAUAAUCGCGCAGCGAGAUCUAGAGUCGGCUAAUAG